CUUCGGCCUUGCUGUCGGCUUUCAAGUAGAAGGCCCAGCAAGGUUGCAUAUGUCAUGGCUUUAUUCUGAGAGUAUGUAGUUAUCUUCGAAUUUAUGUCCCUUCAUCCUACGUCCGUUAACCUUCAAGCUUUAAACUCCAGGAAAUUCAAUGCUUCAUAAAGACAGGGAGCAACUUUCUUGCGGACGAAUCAGGUGACGUCAAGAUUACAGGUCACUGGAUGGCGUCACGGAGUUCUUUCCCAGACCAUCACGCUACGCGGUAGCUUGCGCCACCAUGGUGACGGGGUCGAGCCUUCUCUCGCUCCCGAAGGAGAUGAUUUUCCGACUGUGGGGCAGUUCCGGUGAUCCCUGGCCCCUGGUUUCAUUCUGCAUACAUAUAUUCCCGACCCUUCAGUGCUUGAGCACUCACCGUGCUGCCAUUGGACCAUCGCGCCCUAGUGUGUCUGGGCGGCGCAGGAUCGACUCUUUCACGCGUUGCUAACAAAGAGCCAAUCGCCACCAGAGUUAUCUUGGUUGUGAUGGGAUGUCCGACAGACAGUUCAUCAUCACAAACAUCCUUUUCCUUUGGGUGGGCCACACUGCCGGCCGCCAAGGCGAUGGGAAGUCUAUAAAGCAACCAAGGGGCGAACUGGACCCCGUUGUCUCGACCGGUUCUUGGGUUUUCUCUUUUACAUUCUUUUUCUCUCCAGGUUCAGUAGCGCGCUAUGGUCGCCUCUGCUUUCAUUUACGGGCUCUCUCUCCCUCUCUAUCUGUCGCUGGUCGCCGGUUUCCCCCUGUUUUCCAAGCCAUCGCCUCGUGCCGCCGUAGAAGUCCGUGCGCGUAGCGAGGGUGUGCCGGUCGGAUUUGCGAGUCUGGGUGCUGCUCCCUCGUCGCAGUCAAUCAAGCUGCGCAUUGCGCUCGUAUCGUCGAACACGUCGGGCUUGGAGCAGGCGCUGCUCGAUGUGUCCGAUCCGUCGAGCCCGAACUACGGCCAGCAUCUGACCAAAGAUCAGGUGAACGCCUUCCUGGCCCCGACAAGCGAGGCCUUGACGACCGUGAAAUCGUGGCUGACGAAGAACAACGUGCAAGGCUUCGUCUCGGAGGGCGCCGGCGACUGGAUCGCGAUGACGGUCCCGAUUUCGCAGGCGAACACGCUGCUCUCGGCGGACUACCAGACGUUCCUGCACACGGACUCGAACGCGACGUACGCGCGCACGCUCGCGUACACACUCCCCGCACACGUCGCGCCCUUCAUCGCGCACGUGCACCCGACGUACUCGUUCAAUAACCCGGCCAACGCCGGCCCGAUCUUGUCCGUGCCAGGCCCAACCAACGGCACACUCGCCAGCCGCGCGAUCCUGGGAGCCAAGCCGAGCUUCUCGAGUCGCCGCGCAGCGGUCAACCCGCGUUGCGCGAAUGGCAUCAGCCCCGCGUGUAUCUCUCAGCUGUACGGUGUGCCGCAGACGCCGGCUACCCAAAAGUCGAACUCGAUUGCAGUGUCCGGAUUCAUUGGCCAGUUCGCGCAGACUUCGGAUCUCACCAGCUUCUUGCAGCAGGCCCGGCCUGACGUGUCGGCCAAGACAACAUUCGCGCUGCAGACGUUGGACGGCGGCCAGAACUUGCAGGGUGCUCAGAAUGCGGGUGUGGAAGCUAACUUGGAUAUUCAAUACACUGUUGGUGUGGCGACAGGUGUCCCGGUCACAUUUGUCUCUGUCGGCCAGAACAACCAGGACGGCGUGCUUGGUGGAUUCCUCGACAUCGUCAACUUCUUGAACGCAGAGACCAAGGUUCCCCAAGUGCUGACCACGUCGUACGGUGACAACGAAGCCGACAUCCCCGCGGCCCUGGCCACCAAACUAUGCAGCGCAUACACGGCUCUCGGUGCUCGCGGCACGUCGAUCCUGUUCGCCAGUGGUGACGGUGGCGUCUCGGGCAGCCGCGUGACCAACACCUGCACGACAUUCCAGCCGACGUUCCCUGCCGGAUGCCCCUUUAUCACGGCCGUCGGGUCCGUCGGUGGCAUCGCGCCCGAAACGGCGUCGACCUUCUCCAGCGGCGGAUUCUCGAACGUAUUCGCUGCGCCGGCGUACCAGAAGGCCGCCGUGUCCAAGUACCUGGGCCAGCUUGGGAAGAAGAACGCCGGGCUCUUCAAGGCGACCGGACGUGCCUACCCGGACAUCUCCGCCCAGGGCGAGCGGGUUGCCAUCGUUUCGAGUGGCCAGGUCCAGCCCGUCGACGGGACCUCGUGCUCGUCGCCCAUCUUCGCCAGCGUCGUCGGCCUUAUCAACGACCAGCUCGCCGCCGCAGGCAAGCCCCCGAUGGGAUUCCUCAACCCGUUCCUGUACAAAAACGCGGCCGCGCUGAACGACAUCACCACCGGAAACAACGUCGGGUGCAACUCGAAUGGGUUCCCUGCCUUGGCUGGAUGGGACCCCGUCACGGGUCUCGGGACACCCAACUUUGCGGCGCUCAAGGCUGCUGCAGGCGUGUAAUCGACGGAAAUAUCAUCUACCGUACUUGAUACCACCAGCGCACUGAAAGACACCCUUUAAUACCUAAUACGGCUACCGAAUCGUAUCACCGUCGAUGACGCUGCCCGGGGAGCGAGCGCUGAAAGCAGCGAUGAGUCACAGCCGCCGUGGCAGAUGCAAUACCGACGCUGUUCUGCUGUGAUUUGACAUCAGAACGCAAAACCACCGCCACUGAGCCUUGCGAAAUUCGAGUCUUGAAGAGGAGUCCCAGAGGCCACGGACAAGUAAGCCUGCUGUAGACGGACGUUAGAUUCCAUCACUGAGGACCACCUAUGGCGAAGACCAGCGUGAUAUGCAUAAUCGAUGUUGUUCAUUUCGAGUGAGUGAGCUACGAAGUGAUUAUUGGCAAGGACCGUGGGAAGUGUACUUGACAUUGACAGGUACUGUAUAACAUCGGGUAUCG